CGCGCUGCCGUUGAGCGAGAGAGAAGCCCUUUCAUCGUCCCUUUUCUCUUCUCUUCGUUUCGAUCUUCGUGGUUUUCUAGGGUUUGAUCUCCGGCGAUCUUCCGAUUUCGAUCCGAAUUGGGGUUUUCUUGGUGUCUCGGCUUUCGAUUCGAGAAUGCUGGGUGCCGGUCCGCAGUUCGGCCGUGGGCAUAGUGAUGAUCGGUUCUAUAACGCUGCUAAGGCUCGUCGGAACCCUAAUCAGAGCUUUUUCAGGCCGCGGAGUUUGGCGGCUUCGUCGGCGCCGGUGGUUGGCGUGAAAGGCAAGGUUGUUGUCUUGGAUGGCCGUGUGCCGGAGAACCGCGCUGGAUCCGAACCGCCGUGCAAGACUGCUGCUGUGUCUUCAUCUUCCUCCGUCCCGGAGGUCCUCCCACCGUGUAAUCUUGCUCAGUUCAUCAAGUUCACCUCGCCUUCUGUUCCCGCUCAGUAUCCCUCUAAGACGAGGAUGAGGGAGUGGAAGACGGAGUUGUUGCCGUAUUUUGGAUUGGAGGAUCUUUGGGAGUCGUUCCAGGAGUGGAGUGCUUAUGGCGCCGGUGUUCCGUUGCUUUUGAAUGGGAGUGACUCCGUUGUUCAAUAUUACGUACCUUACUUAUCCGGCAUGCAAUUGUAUGUUGAAUUAAAUAGGCAGCGGGACAGCACCAGGCGACAGGGUGAGGAGAGCGAUGGUGAUUGUUGCAGAGAUUCUAGCAGUGAUGCUAGCAGUGAUUGUGAACGUGAGAGAUGCCUGAAAUAUACAGUGAAUUCGAAUCAAAAUCAUUUGGGAAGUGCCUCUGUAAUCAAAAUGGAAAGAUUGUCCUUGAGAGAUGAACAUAUGGUGCCCCAAGAAGAGUUUUCUAGCGAUGAAGGUGAGGCGGGAAAUGGUCCUGGCCAUCUUCUUUUUGAGUAUUUUGAACGCAGCCCUCCGUAUAGUCGUGAACCUUUAGCUGACAAGAUUUCUGAUCUUGCUUGCCGUUUCUCUGAACUGAAGACCCUUAGAAGUUGUGAUCUCCUGCCAACCAGCUGGAUGUCAGUUGCAUGGUAUCCUAUUUACCGUAUUCCAACUGGGCCUACGUUACGGGAUUUGGAUGCUUGCUUUCUCACUUUCCAUCUUUUGUCUACUCAAGUAAAAGGUGUUGGCAGUGCUACUGGGCCUAGUGUAUCCCAUCCUCAUGGACCAAACAGUGCUCCAAAGAUCUCUCUUUCAACUUUUGGUCUCUCCUCCUACAAGUUCAAAGGAUCCAUAUGGACUGCGAACUUUGGAUACGAAAGGCAAUUAUCAAACUCUCUGUUGCAGAAGGCUGAUACCUGGCUACGGAAUCGACAAGUUGAUCAUCCAGAUUACCAGUUCUUUGCCUCACAUGGUGCAAUCCGCAGAUGACGUUAGAUAUCAAUCUACAAACUUUGGUUCUCAAUCUCGGUCGCACAUCCAGCCGUCUCGUCCUAUCCAACCUGUUCCUUGGCACCACCAAAGUUGACUGAUAUUAAGCAGAAUAAAGGAACAAAAGAAAAAAAAAGAAAAAGGUAACGGUCUCCGCUGUUCGGGGGGAAGAAAUUAGAACCA